CCGAAAGGUGACGUUCGGCUGUUUUGUUCCGCUAACAAACCCGUCUGUCUCCCUUUGUUGCUGCCCGUCACGGCAACGCGAGCCAGCAGCUGCCCGCAACCUCUGCAGACGUUGCCCAACUUGGGCCAUAAGACUGCGCGACACGCACGCUAUAUCUAUCGUACGGAAUCCCCAUCGUGUCGCGCCUUGCCUCGCCUUGCCUAUCUGGCGCCACAGGCAACGACGUUGGCUGUUGUUGGCCGGCUGGUUUCGCGGGCGGCGCGCAUUUGACUGACCCAGACGCAGAACUUCCCCUCCCCCACUUUCUCCCGCCCACCAAAAGUCCACCUCCGUCUGGGAGCCUUUCCUCUUCUUUUCCCACCACUGCUCCGGGUCAUCGAGCGCCGCAAACUUCCUGCAGUCCGCCUCCCUGCGCGAUCCAGUCGACGAUUCCGCCCGCGAGAUAGCCGUCUCGCGUACCCGACAUAGGUUGCACGGCGCUGCCGCCCUCGAGCCGUCGCGAUCAUGUCUCUCCUUUCCCCCGAAGUUCACGCCGAGCUCACCCAGCUGCUCCAGGCCCUCCAGUCUGCCGACAAUGGCAUCCGCUCCCAGGCAGAAGAGCACUUGCAGAACAGCUGGACUGGUACGAGGCCCGAGGUGCUGCUGAUGGGCCUGGCCGAGCAAAUUCAGGGCGCCGGAGACAAUGCGACACGCUCGUUUGCCGCCGUUAUUUUUCGACGGAUUGCCUCUAAAACCCGGAAGAUUGAGUCUGGUGAGAAUGUAGACAUGUUCUACUCUCUAUCCAAGGACCAGGCCAUGGUUAUCCGUCAAAAGCUUCUCGAGACUCUUGCUACCGAAGCCGAUCGCAUGGUCCGCAACAAAAUCAGCGAUGCCGUGGCUGAGGUAGCGCGCCAGUAUACAGAUAACAAUGAUUCCUGGCCGGAGCUUCUGGGUGCCCUAUUUCAACUCAGCCAAGCCCCGGAGGCUGACAAGCGAGACAACGCUUUCCGCGUCUUCACCACAACACCUAGCAUCAUCGAGAAGCAGCAUGAGGAGGCCGUCCUCCAGGCCUUCCAAAAGGGAUUCAAGGAUGACGCUGUAAUGGUGCGUCUAGCCGCCAUGGAGGCCUUUGCUGCCUUCUUCCGAACCAUCUCCAAGAAAUCGCAGGCCAAAUACUAUGCUCUUAUACCCGACGUCCUAAAUAUUCUCCCUCCAAUCAAAGAGAGCCAAGACUCGGAAGACCUGAGCAAGGCUCUCGUCGCGCUCAUUGAUCUUGCCGAGACGGCCCCCAAGAUGUUCAAGCACCUGUUCCAAAAUCUCGUUCAGUUCAGCGUGUCUGUCAUCCAGGACAAGGAACUCGACAACGUCUGCAGACAGAAUGCUCUUGAGCUCAUGGCUACAUUUGCCGAUUAUGCGCCGUCUAUGUGCAGAAAAGAUGCUUCGUAUACGACCGACAUGAUCACUCAAUGUCUGAGCCUGAUGACUGACCUAGGCGAAGACGACGACGAUGCCGCAGAGUGGCUAGCUUCCGACGAUCUUGAUCAAGAUGAGAGCGACCAGAACCAUGUCGCUGGCGAGCAAACGAUGGAUCGUCUCGCCAACAAACUCGGUGGCCAGACUAUACUAGCUCCAACUUUCAACUGGCUGCCCCGAAUGAUGACAUCUAUGGCCUGGCGCGACCGCCAUGCAGCUCUGAUGGCCAUCUCUGCCAUCUCGGAAGGCUGCCGCGAUCUCAUGAUCGGAGAGCUCAGCCAGGUUCUUGACCUGGUCAUUCCAGCACUGCAGGACCCCCAUCCCCGCGUGCGCUGGGCUGGCUGCAAUGCGCUGGGCCAGAUGAGCACGGAUUUUGCUCCCAAGAUGCAGACGGACUUCUAUGAUCGGGUAUUGAAGGCCAUUGUCCCGGUCCUUGAUUCUCCCGAAGCACGUGUCAAGUCUCAUGCUGCUGCUGCCCUGGUCAACUUCUGCGAAGAGGCGGAGAAGUCCAUCCUCGAGCCAUACCUUGACGAGCUACUGUCUCAUCUGUUCCAACUCCUUCAAAGCGACAAGCGCUUUGUCCAGGAGCAGGCGUUGUCCACCAUCGCGACCAUCGCUGAUGCCGCCGAAGCAGCAUUUGCGAAGUACUACGACACAUUGAUGCCCUUGCUCGUCAACGUCCUCCAAAACCAGAAUGAGAAGGAGUACAGGCUUCUUCGUGCCAAGGCCAUGGAGUGCGCCACCCUAAUUGCUCUGGCCGUUGGGCGCGAGAGGCUGGGUCCUGACGCCAUGACUCUGGUCAACUUGCUCGCCAACAUUCAGACUAGCAUCACGGACGCCGACGACCCUCAGGCGCAGUAUCUUAUGCACUGCUGGGGCAGAAUGUGCCGUGUGCUUGGCUCGGACUUCGUUCCCUUUUUGGACAGCGUCAUGCCCCCGCUUCUAGAGCUCGCCAUGGCCAAAGCCGACAUUCAACUUCUGGACGACGAUGAGCAGGCGGAGCAAAUGAAUGGCGAAGAUGGUUGGGAGUUUGUCCCGCUCAAGGGCAAGAUGAUCGGCAUUCGCACGAGUACCAUGGACGACAAACACAUGGCAAUCGAGCUUCUCGUCGUCUACGCACAGGUUCUGGAAGGCGCUUUUGCUCCGUUCGUGGCCAACAUUAUGGAAAAGAUUGCUCUACCUGGCCUGGCCUUUUUCUUCCACGAUCCAGUCCGCUAUAUCUCGUCAAAGCUGGUGCCGCAGCUCUUGAGCUCCUACAAGAAGGCGUACGGCUGCCCGUCCAACGAGCUGGCCGGGCUUUGGAAUGCAACGGUGGACAAGUUGCUCGAAGUCCUUACGGCGGAGCCCUCCAUCGAGACGCUCGCUGAGAUGUACCAAUGUUUUUACGAGUCAGUACAGGUUGUUGGUAAGGAUUGCUUGACUCCUGUACACAUGAACCGGUUCAUCGACUCAGUCCAUUCCGCACUGGAGGAUUACAAGGACAGGGUUGCUCAACGCGCUGAAGAGAGGGAGGGUGCUACAGCGGAUGAUGUCGAGGAUGAGGCCGAGGAGACCCUGAUGGCGAUUGAAGAUGACCAGACCCUCUUGUCUGACAUGAACAAGGCGUUCCACUCCGUCUUCAAGCACCACGGGGUCGCAUUCCUGCCGGCUUGGGAGCAGCUCAUGUCGACUUACGAAGGAUUUCUCGCCUCUCCCGAUCCCACCCAGAGGCAGUGGGGCCUCUGUAUCAUGGACGAUGUGUUGGAGUAUUGCGGGCCGGAGAGCAGCCGUUACGCCAACUACAUCUCGCAACCGCUGAUUGAUGGAUGCCGAGACACGUCUCCGGCGAUCAGGCAAGCGGCGGCCUACGGCAUUGGCGUCGCCGCUCAUCGAGGCGGUGCGGCGUGGACUCAAUUCCUCGGGAACUCAAUUCCGUUCCUUUUCCAGGCGACCCAAGUACCAGAAGCCCGAAAUGAAGACAACAUCUACGCCACCGAGAACGCUUGCGCGGCAAUUGCGAAGAUUUUGCACUACAACUCGGGAAGCGUUGGCGACGCACAGACACUGAUUACCCAGUGGAUUGAUACACUGCCUGUCACCAAUGACGAAGAGGCAGCACCGUAUGCGUAUGCAUACUUGGCCGAGCUUAUUGACCAGCGUCAUCCCGCGGUAAUGAAUCAGGCCAGCAAAAUCUUUGUCUUCAUUGCGCAGGCCCUGGAGGCAGAGACGCUGCAAGGCCAGACAGCGAGUCGUGUAGCGGCUGCUACAAAGACCCUUCUCACGACUGCCAACGUGGACCCGAUGCCUCUUCUGCAGCAAUUUUCUCAGGAUGCACAGCGAACGAUUAUGGGUUACUUCAGCUAGAGUUGACAUUUGUUCUUGUUUAGAAGUACAAGUUACAACAGUCGGUGACCACGAUUUGGGAACAGAAAGCCGCUUCAAAUUCGCUGCGCAUGAUACCAAUUUGGGACAGUGGCACGCGAUCUCAGUCUGACAGUCCCAGCGCAGAUUAGAGGACUUUCUAUGUCUGCGGGCGGGGAUGGCACGCGAGAGGAGGCGGAUAGUGCCGCUGGUUCGGCUCAUGGCCGAGGGCGUUGAAGGGGUAUUGGCCCUUUCGGCGGCAGGAUGGGCAAGGAGGUGGUAGAAUGCGGUCCAGAUCGCCAAAGCGUGCGGCAGGUUGGCACGGAGCCUGGACCUCUGGCUAUAGAUGAGAUCGAGCACAGGCAAUCUAUGUAGUCUUCGCACGGCAGCCUCUCCCGCGCCAGACGUGAGGCAACUGUUUCGUUUGACAGCGAUAGUAUGCGAAGAGAAUUUGCGAAGAGAAUUGUCGCGACUUGAUUAUUUCU